UCCAGAUGCGGCGGUGACGCGAUGUCGGUCGCGCCGGCGGUCAAGCGCGAGCUGGACCUGGAGAGCGGCAGCACCAGCCCCGGCCGCAAGCGGCGCAAGCAGGCCGCGCCGACCCGCGCGCCGCAGCUGCCGCCGCCGCUCGACCUGCACGCCAAGAUGCAGGACAUCUACAAGUCCGCCCUCGCCUUCGGGGAGCUCACCCUCCCCGCCUUCGACCCUCUGGCCGCCUUCCGACUGCUACCCAGGCACGAUCCACCGCGCAUCUUCAACCCUGAAGCCUAUUGUGACCUGUGCUGCAAGGAGUUCUGCAACAAAUACUUCCUCAAAACACAUAGGGCGAACAAACAUGGGAUUUAUGAUGGAGGAGAACCGCAACCGCAACCACUGCCGCAGCCGUCCCCGCCGCGACGGGCGUCCGACGAAGAAUCCAACGGCACGCCGAGAAGAUUGUCCCCAGAUUCGGCGAGACGAGCGCGAGACGCCGGCUUCCAACCUGAUGCGCUCCGGCGUUUAGGUGUCGUCAAUCCUGAAGCGUUCUGCGAGAUUUGCUGCAAGGAGUAUUGUAACAAGUAUUUCUUACGGACGCAUCGCGAGCGGCGACACGGCGUGCCGGCGCAUCGGUCGCCCGGAGCAGAGCGGUCCCCGCAAUCGAUGACGCCGCCUAUGAUUAAUUUUAGCACGCCGGUCAGCACGCCGCUCGCGACCCCUCUAACCACCUCACCGGCACCUCUAGCCCCACCGCCGAACACCCCCCCGCGUUCACACUCGCUUCCACCACCACUAGAUCCGGAAGAAAUGGUUGAAGUCAAGCGUGAGUGCGAGGAAGAGCUGGAAGCGGCCCUGCGUGACGGGCAGACGAGUCCGCUGAAUUUAAUCGUUGAAGAACGCGGGGCCGCCUCACCUGGGUCCGCUAGUGAGGAGCUCCGGAAGCUGCAGACGAUGAUAUCGCAGCUGAACGAGCUAGCGGCGGAGCGAUUAGCGGAGGAACCUUCUUCACCUGCACCACGUGCGCCAUCUUCGUCACCCCCCGCCCAGGACGAGCGUCGAGCUUCAUCAUCCGGAUCGAGCUUUUGUGAGAUCUGCAACAAGGAGUUGUGCAACAAAUAUUUCAUGCGAACACACAUGCAGAGGAUGCACGGGAUUUCCCUAGAGAGCGGCACGCAGUUAGGAGGAGUGACUUGCGAUAUUUGCCACAAGGAGUUGUGCAGCAAGUACUUCUUGCGCGUGCAUAAGCAUAACACGCACGGGAUCCCGGCGCCGCCCGCGCCGGCUAACACCGCGCCUGCAGAGCCUUGUCCGCUUUGCGCACGACGAUUCCGAGGACCUAGAGCUCUACGCGCGCAUUUACUGGCCGAGCACGCUCCGCCAGCGCGUCCGCCGCCACCUCCACCGAGACCUUUAGAUCUACUGGCGCGAGACAAGCCUUACGCAUGCUCCUACUGUCCCUUCACGACGGACGUGCUAGCGUUUCUAUUCGCGCACGAGCGCGCGCAUGUACAACAGCAGAGCGAGCCUCAGGAAAACGCGAACGAUAUAAAUGCGUCAGGGCCGACGACGGACGGCGAGAGCGAGGGAGUGGAGGGCGACGAGGCAGACGAGGGCGUGUACUCUUGCUCGCGCUGCGAGUUCCGCGCGGAGGGCUUCGCGGCGCUGGAGGCGCACCUGCGGGCGGCGCACUCGGGCGCCGGCGCGCUGCUGGCGGUCCCCCGGGCGCCCCAGGCGCCGCUCACCAUGCAGCCCUUCGUGGUGGAGGAGGCGGGCGGCGCGCUGAGCCUGGUGCCGGCGCUGGUGUUCCUGCCCGUGCGGCGCCGCGCCACGCGCCGCGCCACCGUCACGCUCACGCUCACGCCGGCCUAGCCGCCCCCGCCGCCGCCCGUCGCCCGCGCGACCGCAGCUGCGACUCCACCGCCGCGGUCGCGCGCUUCGAUCGCUGAACUGUACUAACUACAUUUAACGCUGUGUGCCUUCAAGCGAUUGCUAAAAAAUAUUAUGAGACGUAAUUAUAAAUGGGAGAAGCUGCCCCCGGGCUCCGGCUUAUGUUGAAAGUCUAACUUCAUAUAUUGAGAAUUAUAUAACGGGUGAUAUAUGAAACGUUGCUUAUAUUUAAUUAUUUAUUAUCUCCUCGAUGUUCCUUUGGCCGAGACGAGUUUUUGAAACGUUCAUUUCGAUCGGGAGAAGAAAUACAACCUAGGCGUAAUUAUUAUUUAAAUGUAUUUAUCGGUGAGUGUCGCUCACGAUAGUGUCGUAGUACUGAGUGUGAUGUUGAUCACUGUU